UCCCGGCCGGCGCCUCCCACUCUCCUCGGGCGGCUUCCGCUGAGCUCGACUUUUUGCGCGGUGGGCGUGCGAAGGUCAGCUGUUCGUGGAAGAUGUCGUUUGCUGAGGACAAAGUGAAAAAGUACAUUGACAAGAAUCUGAGGAGGUUUCAGAACCGGGUCAGAGUGGCUCAGAUGCUCCACCUGAGUUGCCUCACGGAUGCUGACCGGGAGGAGAUCACCUCCUAUGAGCGCAACUAUGGGAACAGCCGAGCUGUCUGGCAUUUCUUGCAACUCCUCCACAUCAGGGUCGGCUGGGUACAACAGUUCAUAGAUGCACUCUGGGAGGACAACAUUGGAGACCUCGCUCAAGAAAUCCAGGACGUUUACGAACGACACCUGCUCCCCUCUCCAAGAAGGAAUGUGCCAGCCCCGGCUGCGUCCUGCGCCAUGCCGAAGGAUUCUUCAUUACCUGGGCCGAGGGCCUUGAGCUGCAACCCUUCUCCUCCUGCUGAACCGGCCCUGCCUCCUGGACAAAGCCCGCCGCUCGCUCGUGACGCCCGGCCUCCGGUGCCUGCGGAUGCCCCGAGGCCUGCACCCUCCGCCAUGAGCCCUGAAGUGCCCCAUGAUAUGAGUGAGGCCAGUCCUCCCAUUCAAGAGACAGAGCUUCCCUCCAAGAGCAGUGAGAUGACGGUCAGACCUAAGGUGGCGCACGGUGCCGGAAAGCCAGAGUCUUCCACUCCUCCCAAGAAAAGCACAGCCUCGCCGUCUGAGGUGGGAGGUCCGAAGCCGGCCGAUGCUCAAGCCACCUCAGCGGCAAAUGCCUCUCCGAGUCUCCCGGGUCACCUUGAGGAGGAGGAGGCAUUGCCAAGCCCUCCGCCGGUCUCCUUGCGACCUGGCGCAGGCAGUUUGACCCGCCGGUGGGACAGUGGCCAGCAGCGCGGCGUGCCUCCAGCAGCGCAGCGUGCCUGA